AAGCACCCAGAAAAAGUUGAGUAAAGCUCAUUAGUGGAAGGGGAAACCAUGAGAAGGAAGUAGAAUAGGGAGGAGAGGCAUAAAGACACAAAGGGAGGAUAGGUGGGGAAGAAAAAGGAGGUCAAACUAGAAGAUGACAAGGAAGUGACAAGAAGAAGCCUGCAGUGAAGGCGGAGAGGGAGAGAGCAACGGAUGGCAGCAAGCGCAGCUGGCUUGUAUUGAGGAGGUACUGAGCCUCUGGCUUGUUUUCUUGUCUUGGUAAUACUAUUUCAGCUUGGCCCACAGGAUGAUGAAGAGGCAGUUUAACCGGAUGCGGCAACAGCUCAGUUACCCCAGCAUCACUGGACGAGCCCAAGAAACAGCAGAUUACUUGACUGAAGACUUGCUCCAGACUGAACAGAGAAUUGAACCAGUCAAACGAGCAGCACACAAUGUGCACAAGAGACUUGUGGCUUGUCUCCAGGGUCAAUAUGGGGCAGAACUGGACAAACGGGUGAAAAAGUUACCUUUGAUGGCAUUAUCAGUCACUAUGGCUGAAAGUUUUAAGGAGUUAGACAUGGAUUCCAGUCUUGGGAAAGCUCUAGAAAUGAGUUGCUGUAUUCAAAGCACACUGGCCAGGAUCCUUGCAGAGUUUGAAAUUACUCUCGAACAAGAUGUCCUACAACCCCUGAAUAAACUGAGUGAGGAGGAGUUGCCUGUCAUCCUGAAACACAAAAAGAACCUUCAGAAACUUAUUUUGGAUUGGAACAUCAUCAAGAGCCGUUUAAACCAAGUUGCCAAGAAUUCCAGUAACAGUGUCAGUGCUGUCACAACUUCAGGAGCCUCCUCAGCUGCCUUAAAGUUGGAGAAUCUGAAGGAGGAGGAAGAGGAGAUGAAGAGGAGGGUUGAGCAGAGUAAGGAUGAAUAUAUGGCUGAUUUAUAUCAUUUUUCAACCAAGGAGGACAGCUAUGCUAAAUACUUUAUCAAAUUGUUGGAAAUCCAGGCAGAGUAUCAUCAGAAGUCUCUGGAAUCUCUAAAUUCUACGUUGGCAGAGCUAAUGAGUUCUCAAAACGAGUCAGAUGCCCCUUUUCCAUUAGAUGCAGCUGUACCAGGGGUGUAUGGAAUGCCAUUAGAAACUCACCUGAAGGCUUCUGAGCGAGAGAUUGCACUUCCCAUUGAAGCCUGUGUUAUGAUGCUGUUGAGCACAGGUAUGCGGGAAGAGGGGCUCUUCCGGCUGGCAGCUGGAGCUUCUGUGCUGAAGAAACUAAAAUACUGUCUUGACAGUGGCUCAAAUAUUCCGGAUGAAUUCUACGUAGACCCUCAUGCUGUGGCAGGUGCACUAAAAUGUUACUUACGAGAAUUGCCACAGCCGUUGAUGAUCUCUGAACUCUAUGAUGAUUGGCUGAAAGCUGCCAGUGCCAAAGAGCCAGACAUUCGACUAGAGGGCCUCAAGGAUGUUUGUAAUCUUCUUCCCAAGGACAACUACAACAAUCUGAGGUAUCUGAUUCGUUUUUUAGCCAUGCUGGCUGAACAACAAGAAGUGAAUAAAAUGUCCCCAAGCAACAUUGCCAUUGUCCUAGGACCCAACCUACUGUGGCCCCAGCAGAAUGAAAGUUACCAACUCUUCUCAAAGGAACCUCCAAGGCACUUCAUUAAAUUAUGCGUUGAACGUCAUCAUGAUAUUAACUUCGAUGUCUCCAGUCUGUUCACUCCUCCAUUAGACAUCAAAAAUCAAAACAUCCUCACAAUAGAAGAACCUUCAGCAGUGUUUCUGCCUUCUGAAUCUAAUUCCCCUAUGCCUGAAGAAAGGAAAAAAUCUGAAGUUAUUCCAGAAACAGUGUCCUCAAAAGUGACCGAGUCUUCUACUGAAACAACAAUCUGCCCACCUACCUCUGCUUCUGCUGAUGAGACCUCACGAAAAACAAAGCGGGUGGCUCCACCCAGACCUACCAUGCCUCCACCCCAUCCUCAAACCACACCACUUGUUCAUCUUCACAUGCCUCCUCCUUCUCCAGAGUCUGUCUCCAUCCCUAAAGCCUUGCCUCGAAGAACAGUAGGGGGACCAGCACGAGCUCCAGUUAUGGCACCCCCACUUCCUCCCCAGCCAGCCAGAAGGCAGAGUCACAAAGCUCCACCAUCACCUAGGCCUCCUUCAGAAGCUAUGAACAAUAAGGCAGCUACAGCUGAAGAGGAUUCUACUAAUGUCUGCAGUAGAGAAACUCCCAAAGAUUCCAUCCAUACAAAGAAAGAAGCCAAUGAAGGAAAAAUCAGCUCUCCAUCUGCUGCUGCUCAGAAAGUAGAAACUCUGGAGAAUCUUCUUGAAUACAGUUUGCCAACAGGGGGCUUUCUAAAGGUAGCAAGAAUAGCUUCCAUGGAAGAAAACGGAAUCAGUAUUUUGCAUUACUUGAAAAGGUGUACUAUUUUGUUCAGCACAGGAGUCACAUAUAUGAGACGGGCACUAUUUAAAUCAGAUGACGACAAUGACAACAAUGAAGAGGAUAGACAUACAUAUAGCCCGUCAAGGGAACGGCGCGCUUCUGAUUGGCUGCGUCGCCGCCAGGAGGACGGGGGGCGGGGCGGCGAGUGCGGUUCCAGCAUGGCGGGCUGCAGGCGGCUGAGCGGCGCUUGUCUGCGCGAGGUGCUGGGGGAGGCGCAGGGGCUGCUCUUCGACUGCGACGGGGUCCUGUGGACCGGCGAUCGGGCGGUUCCGGGCGCGCCGGAGCUGCUGGAGCGCCUGAACCUGAACGGGAAGACCACCCUGUUUGUCUCCAACAACAGCCGCCGCUCCGUGGCCGAGCUGGAGCGCCGCUUCUCCCGCCUUGGCUUCCGCGGCGUCCGCGGCGAGCAGGUGUUCAGCUCCGCUCUCUGCUCGGCGCUCUACCUCCGCCAGCGCCUUCUGGGCGGGGAAGCUGGCGCCGGCGACUCGAGCCCGGGCCGCGUCUUCGUGCUGGGCGGGGAAGGGCUGCGCGGGGAGCUGCGCGACGCGGGGCUGCGGCUGACCGGAGAAGAAGGAGAAGAAGAAGAAGAAGAAGGGGAAGGCGACGGAGAGGCCCUCCCGGUGCGCGCUGUCGUCGUCGGCUACGACGACCAGUUCACCUUCGCUAAGCUCUCCGAGGCCUGCGCCUAUUUGCGCGACCCGCGGUGCCUGCUGGUAGCCACCGAUCCAGACCCUUGGCACCCGCUUAGCAGUGGGCAGCGCACCCCGGGGACAGGGAGUCUCACUGCUGCAGUUGAAACAGCAUCUGGUCGCAAAGCAACAGUAAUUGGAAAACCAAACACAUACAUGUUUGAAUGCAUUGUAGAGCGCUUUGGUGUAGAUCCAUCCCGCAUGCUUAUGGUGGGUGAUCGGCUGGAGACGGAUAUACUGUUUGGCAAGAACUGUGGCCUUGAUACUGUCUUGACCCUGACAGGUGUCUCAUAUUUAGAGGAGGCACAGGCUUACAUGGCCAGUGACAGCCCUUCAGCUAAGGACCUGGUGCCUCACUACUAUGUGGACAGUAUUGCAGACUUGAUACCAGGCCUCGAUGAAUAAGGGGGGAAGUGGGUGGGUAACAGUCCUGUUUCCAUUCCAGACUGCCAACCUUUCCUCCUCCUGUCUCCCCUCUUGAAUCUGAGCUCAUCACAUUCCAGUGUUUCUUCAAGAAUGAAGAGAGUGGAACUAAUUCCCCUUUCAUUCUUUAAGCUUAAUCAGUUUCAUUUUAGACACAAUAGGGGAGCAGGAAAUCUAAUGUGAAAAAAAUAGGUUGUUUACAGGCCAAACUAGUAUUUAUUACU